AUGCACAAAAUCAUUAUAAUGGAAAAGGCAAAUCCAGUGACAGUCGUUUACGAUUACAAGAAAGAUCUGCGGUUAAGUAUUCAGCUAAAUCGUUGGAUACUGAAACCGCUCGGUGCCUGGCCGAAAUCAAUCAAGAUUUCAUUUAUAGAGAGAUACGCGUAUAUGCUGGUAAAUGUUAUUUGCGUCAGUUUAAUCGGCUUCCUCUUUGUACCCUCCGCAAUCUAUUUGGUGCUUGAAAUGGAUGAUGCUUACAAUAUCUUGAAACUCACCGGGCCGUUGAACUUUUGCCUAAUGGCUGUCAUAAAAUAUUCCUCAUUAAUCUUCCGCGAAAAUGACAUCCGUAAUGGUAUCGAGCAUAUCGCGAACGACUGGAUCAACACUCGAUAUCAUGAUGAUCGAAUAGUCAUGAUCAGGAGUGCAAAAUUCGGUCGACGUCUUGUGACGAUUUGCGCGAUUUUUAUGUACAGCGGUGCUACUUUCUAUUAUCUCGCUCUACCGCUGAGUAACGGCAAGAUCACGGAGAACGGCGAAAACUUGACGUAUCGGCCACUAAUGUAUCCUGUUGCCAGUAUGCUAGUCGAUGCGCGACAUAGUCCUAUCAGUGAGAUAUUUUUUUGUAUACAAUGCUUGUCGGGUUUCAUUGUGCACUCCAUCACUACCGGUGCAUGCAGUUUAGCAGCCGUGUUUGCGAUGCAUGCUUACGGUCGCUUAGAAGUCCUAAUGCAAUGGAUUGAACAUCUAGUGGAUGGACGAGAAGACUUCUGCGAUAACGUGGAUGAGAGACUGACAAUGAUUGUGCAGCAGCACGUUCGAAUCUUACAUUUUAUAACGCUGACGGACAAAAUACUGCGUGAAAUAUCUAUGGUGGAAAUUUUAGGAUGUACAUUAAGCAUGUGUUUUCUUGGAUAUUUUGUUAUCACGGAAUGGGAAAGAAAAGAUAUGACAAGUUAUGUAACAUAUGUUGUUUUAUACGUGUCUCUUACAUUCAAUAUUUUUAUAUUAUGUUACAUCGGCGAGCUUGUUGCCGAAAAGUGCAAGAAGAUUGGCGAGAAAUCGUAUAUGAUCGAUUGGCAUCGUUUGUCAGGAAAAAAGGGUCUCGAUCUCAUCUUAAUGAUCGCUGUGUCCAAUACGUCGAUCAAACUUACCGCCGGAAAUCUUUUUGAGUUGUCUCUCAGUACUUUUGGCGACGUGGUUAAAACAUCAGUCGCCUACUUAAAUAUGUUGCGUACAUUAACUAUGUAA